AUGGCUGCCGUCUCCUCGUCGGUUCGCAAGAACCCCGUCCUUCGCCGGACGGCCAAUUCGGCCGGUGUCGCCGACUCCGAGUCCUCGACCGCCGUCUCGCCCUCGGACUCGCCCCGUCAGUCGGCCUCCUCGACCUCUCUCUCCUCUCUGUCCUCGACGGACGCAUCUCGCAAGGCGACCGACUACGGCGGCCUCGUCGACACCUACGGCAACGCCUUUACGCCCCCCGACUUCACCAUCAAGGACAUCCGCGAUGCCAUCCCCAAGCACUGCUUCGAGCGUUCGGCCCUGACGGGCUACGCCUACAUCCUCCGUGACCUUGUCUGCCUCGCCACCACCUUCCUCCUCUUCCACAACUUCGUCACGCCAGAGCACGUUCCCUCGACCUUCGCUCGCGCCCUCCUCUGGGGCCUCUACACCGUCCUCCAGGGCCUCUUCGGCACCGGCCUCUGGGUCAUCGCCCACGAGUGCGGCCAUGGUGCCUUCUCCCCCUCGCGUGCCGUCAACGACUUCACCGGCUGGGUCCUGCACUCGGCCCUCCUCGUCCCCUACUUCAGCUGGCAAAUCUCCCACUCCAAGCACCACAAGGCCACCGGCAACAUGGAGCGAGACAUGGUCUUCGUCCCCCGUACCCGCGAGCAGCAAGCAUCUCGCCUCGGUAGAAAGGUCCACGAGCUCGCCGAGCUCGCCGAGGACACGCCCGUCUUCACACUGAUCAUGCUCGUCGCCCAGCAGCUCGUCGGCUGGCCCAACUACCUCUUGACCAACGUCACCGGCCACGACUACCACGAGCGCCAGCGCGAGGGCCGCGGCAAGGGCAAGCGCAACGGCCUCGGCGGCGGCGUCAACCACUUUGACCCUCGCAGCCCCCUGUACGAGGCCAAGGACGCCAAGCUCAUCCUUAUCAGUGACAUUGGCAUCGGCCUCACCGCCACCGCCCUGUACUUUCUCGGCAACAAGUUCGGCUGGGCCAACCUGGCCGUCUGGUAUUUCAUCCCGUAUCUUUGGGUCAACCACUGGCUUGUCGCCAUCACCUUCCUCCAGCACACGGACCCGUCUCUGCCCCACUACACGGCCGAUGAGUGGAACUUCGUCCGAGGAGCGGCCGCGACGAUCGAUCGGGAGAUGGGCUUCAUCGGCCGCCACCUCCUGCACGGCAUCAUCGAGACGCACGUCCUGCAUCACUACGUCAGCAGCAUCCCCUUCUACCACGCCGACGAGGCCACGGAUGCCAUCCGCCCCAUCAUGGGCAAGCACUAUCGCUCCGACACCAAGGACGGCCCCUUGGGGUUCAUCCGCGCCAUGUACAAAAGCGCUCGCAUGUGCCAGUGGGUGGAGCCGAGCGAAAAGGCCGAGGGCGCCGCAAAGGGCAUUCUCUUCUUCCGCAACAAGAACGGCCUCGGCACCAAGCCCAUGUCGAUGAAGGCCUAA